AUGUCAGUGCGUCAGACUGAAGGUUGCGUAACAUUUCUUGAAGACAAAGAACUAAGGGAUUUGGCUCCUGAAGUCAGUGAAUCAGUUCAAAUCCCGGUGGUGUUAAAUAUCAGUCUUACUGCUGAGCCGAGGCAGGAUCCUGCAGCAGAACGCACCCUUGUUCUGAGCUCUUCCCCUGCCUUAUUGUGUAUGAGCCCAUUAAUGAAAGACCUGGAAGAACUUGGGCAGAAUCCAAGCUUUUUCUUAAUGUAUUGCCUAACAUUGUGGUCUCCUCCUGGCUUGUGUGUUCAGUCGCCUCUGAAAUUGGACAGGGCAAUACAAUCUCCACCCUUGCCUCAUCGGCUGGAAAAACGAAAUACAAAUUUCCUCCGUUAUGGGUUUGCAGUAUGUGAAUUCCCCUUUUAUGAAAUAUGCCGUGAAAAUGUAUCAAGAAUUGAGUGUUCAGAGCUGGGGUGCUGUUUCCACAAAGAAACGUGCUAUAAGAAAGCUGUACCACAAUACAUGAAAGCAUUUAUUUGCUUAAUAGUGAUCGUCAUGGUGGCCUUCUGUAUAUUUGUGCUGUGUAGUUGUUGCGCAGGUAAAAAGAGAAAGUCAUCUUUAGAGGAAGAAGUGAAAAGUUCAUCAGAUGGAAGUGACAGUUCUUCAGAGUCUGAUGAAGAUUAGCUCCAGGUAUGUGAAAAGUAAGUGGUUUUUGUGUGUGUGUUGCCCUAUGGAAGCAAUUACGGAAUGCUUUCUCAUUAUCUGAUUCAGUAGUGAUCAUCAGGGCAGUCCAAGAUGGUAUUCAGACAUGUACAUAGAAGCAAAAAUGUACUUAAGAUCCCAGCUCAGCUUCUAUCCCUGUU